AUGGCUUCGAAACCGUCUCCUAAGCCUGAGAUUGGGCCCGACGGUCUCGCCAGAGAAUCUCCGAUCAUCGCCUACACUGAGAAGGUAAUUGCAGAAGAGCAGCUUCAAUUACACAAAUACAUUGCAGAAAACAAGUCGAUGCUACUUGGUGUAGAGCGAGAGCUUGCAAAUCUAUCCAUGGAGAUGAAACUAACUGCUGGACCUUAA